UCGUAUAUGUGAAAAUAUAUGUUAUCAGCAAGAAGGAUAUCACAUUCAUUGGAAAAGGCGAUUUUGUAUUCCUUGUGGUGAAUGUGAUACAUCAAUGACUUCUUCUAAUGGAAUGUGUGUAAAACAUGCUGGAAAGUAUUAUAGUAAAGCUAAUUAUUAUAAAAAAUAA